AUGCCGGAAGCCACCAUGCCCCACAAGCGGGUGUUGGUCGAUUCGACCCAUAAUGCCCGCAAUGGCGUCGCGACUCCCAAUGCGCUAAAAAAGCGAAAGCUAGACGGGGAACCUUCAUCUCAGCUCAAGCCGCCCGGGCAGUCAUCUCAAAGGAAGGGCUUCGGCUCAACUCAGCCGCAAAAGAGUCGGUUUGAAGAGGAAGUGCUCGAGAAAUUCACACAGGACAUUGGAGAUUUGAAAGAUAGCAACGCGGAAAAAGAUCAACAAUGGGAACGCCCGCCGCUCCCCGAAUGGGACCCAGCGAAGGAGAAUGUUUGCUUCCAGCAGAUUGACGCUGAGGAAGGGAGACUACCACGUGGAGAUAUCAUGGCCGUUCGUCUCUUUGGUGUGACAGAGACCGGUCAAUCUGUUCUACUUCACGUCACCGGAUUCCAACACUACCUCUAUAUUGCCGCGCCCGUCGGCUUCACCGAAGCGGAUUGUGAUCCAUACCGGGCUUUCCUGGAGUCGAAAAUGGGGCAACCCGCGAGGGUCAUUGAGAAAGUGCAGGUGACAUUGCGCGAAAAUAUCUAUGGCUUCCAAGGGAACAAGAAGAGUUGGUAUCUCAAGAUCACGGUCGCUGAUCCCAAGUUCAUUGCCAAGGUCCGCACUCUACUGGAGAGUGGCGGCUCUGGCAUGAACUACAAAGGCAUGUGGAGCAAUAUGGACGCAGGUGUCCUUACUUUCGACAACAUCCAAUACCUCCUGCGCUUCAUGAUUGACACCGGGCUAUCCGGAAUGGCAUGGGUAGAGGCGAAGGCAGGGAAAUACACGCUUCUGCACGGACCCGACAAAUUAUCAACCUGUCAAGUUGAAGCUGUCGUCGACUACCAAGAUAUGAUCGCACAUCCACCGACCGGCGAGUGGGCAAAGAUGGCACCACUCCGCAUCCUGUCGUUUGAUAUCGAAUGUGCUGGUCGGCAGGGUAUUUUCCCGGAACCAAACGUUGACCCGGUAAUUCAAAUCGCGAAUGUCGUUACGCGAUAUGGAGAACAGAAACCUUUCAUUCGAAAUGUAUUCUGUCUCAACGAGACAAGUCUAAUCGUCAACACCCAGGUUCUCGAAUACAAAAAGGAAGAGGAGAUGCUGAUGGCAUGGCGAACCUUCGUUGAAAAGGUUGACCCAGAUGUCAUAAUUGGAUACAACAUUGCGAACUUUGACUUUCCUUAUCUUCUUGACCGCGCUAAGCAUCUCAAGUGUACACAAUUCCCCUACUGGACUCGACUGAAGAGCAUGAAAACAGAGGCCAAGGAGUCCAAUUUCUCUAGCAAGCAGAUGGGCAACCGAGAAACAAAAGCGACAAAUACUAAUGGUCGUAUCCAACUUGACCUGCUCCAAUUGGUGCAGCGGGAUCACCAAUUGCGAAGUUAUACUCUCAAUUCUGUGUCAUACGAGUUUCUGAAGGAGCAGAAGGAAGAUGUCCACCACACGAUGAUCACGGAACUGUUCAACGGAACUCCGGAUUCUCGGCGCCGUCUGGCAGUAUACUGCUUGAAAGAUGCCUAUUUACCGCAGAGAUUGAUGGACAAGCUGAUGUGUCUGGUUAACUACACUGAGAUGGCAAGAGUAACGGGUGUUCCUUUUAACUUCCUCCUCUCUCGAGGUCAGCAAGUCAAAUUCAUCAGUCAGCUGUUCCGAAAGGCCCUUGAACAACAACUUGUUAUUCCAAAUCAGAAGAGUCAGGACGAACAAGACUAUGAAGGUGCGACAGUCAUUGAGCCCAAGCGUGGAUACUACAACGUACCCAUUGCAACCCUCGAUUUUGCGUCACUGUACCCCUCUAUCAUCCAAGCACACAAUCUCUGUUACACCACUCUUCUUAAUAAGACAACUAUCGAGAAGCUGGGUCUUGUGAAAGAUGAUGACUACAUCGUCACCCCGAACGGAGACAUGUUCUGCACGACGAAAGUUCGCAAGGGUCUCCUGACACAGAUUCUUGAGGAGUUGUUGGGUGCCCGAAAGCGUGCGAAGAAAGAAUUGGCCGUCGAGACUGAUCCUUUCAAGAAAGCUGUGCUGAACGGUCGACAACUUGCUUUGAAGAUUAGCGCAAACAGUGUGUAUGGUCUCACUGGAGCCACAGUUGGCAAGCUUCCUUGUCUUCCCAUUGCCAGUAGUACAACCAGCUACGGUCGUCAAAUGAUUGAGAAAACCAAGCAAGAGGUUGAGGAACGGUAUACCAUUGCCAAUGGGUAUUCCCAUGAUGCGGAAGUCAUAUACGGUGAUACCGAUUCCGUUAUGGUCAAGUUUGGAGUCACUGAGUUAGCUGACGCGAUGAAGCUUGGCGAGGAGGCCGCAGACUUCGUCUCAUCCAAGUUCAUCAAGCCUAUUAAACUCGAGUUCGAAAAGGUUUACUUCCCAUACCUUCUCAUCAACAAGAAGCGAUACGCCGGUCUUUACUGGACCAAUACCAAGAAGCACGACAAGAUGGACACAAAGGGUAUUGAGACCGUGCGGCGUGACAACUGUCUGCUGGUGCAAAAUGUCAUUGAAACUGUUUUGAACAAGAUUCUCAUUGACCGAGAUGUUGAUGGAGCUGCGGAGUACGUUAAAGCAACGAUCUCGGAUCUCCUUCAGAACAAGGUCGAUAUGUCCAAAUUGGUUAUCACCAAAGCGUACGCGCAAAAAGAGUAUACCGCCAAGCAAGCACACGUCGAACUCGCCAAGCGCAUGGCUAAGCGUGACGCUGGUUCCGCCCCUGCUCUCGGUGAUCGUGUGGCCUACGUAAUGAUCCGUGGUGCCACCAACUCCAAGAACUACGAGCGAGCGGAAGAUCCUAUCUACGUGUUGGAAAACAAUGUCCCGAUCGACACCAAGUACUAUCUCGACAAUCAGCUUGCAAAUCCGCUUGGUCGGAUUUUCGAGCCCAUCAUGGGUGAGAAGAAGGCGAACCAAUUAUUGACUGGCGAGCACACACGUUCCAUUUCCGUUGCUGCACCUAGUCUAGGUGGUCUGAUGAAGUUUGCCAAGAAAACCCAGACUUGCAUGGGCUGCAAGAAGCCGCUGUCGGGCAAAGAAGAGAUGGCCGGCGCCGUGUGCGAGAAUUGCCGUCCUCGUCUCGGUGAGUUAUACACCAAGGCUCUGACCAAGGUGUCGGACCUUGAGGUUCGUUUUGGUCGCUUGUGGACCCAGUGCCAGCGAUGUCAAGGCAGCCUUCACUGCGAGGUCAUCUGUUCAUCGCGUGAUUGCCCGAUUUUCUACAUGCGCAUGAAGGCAAAGAAGGAUGUUGAGGACUCGCAAAAAGAACUGACUCGAUUUGACUUUGAUGCUGGUUCAUGGUGA